AUGUCUAAAGUAGAAAUUAAGCAUUUAACCAAGAUUUUUGGUAAGCGCCCUAAAGCGGCACUCAAAAUGGUUAAGCAAAACAAAAGCAAAAAUGAAAUUGUCGAAAAGACAGGGAGUACAGUUGGUGUCUACGACAUUAACAUGUCAAUUGAAGAGGGCGAAAUAUUUGUCAUCAUGGGGCUUUCUGGAUCAGGAAAGUCAACGUUGAUUCGCUUGUUAAACCGGUUAAUUGAACCGACAGAUGGGCAAUUGUUUAUUGACGGUCAAGAAAUUACGAAUUUGACUAAAAAACAAAUGUUAUCAAUUCGUCGCAAAAAGAUGAGCAUGGUUUUCCAAAACUUUGGUUUAUUUCCACACCGUACCUUACUUGAAAACACAGAGUUUGGGCUAGAAAUUCAAGGUGUGCCAAAAGCGCAGCGUCGUCAGCGCGCAGAACAGGCUUUGGAUAAUGCGCAACUAUUAUCAUUUAAGGAUCAGUAUCCUAAUCAGCUAUCUGGUGGUAUGCAACAACGUGUUGGAUUAGCUCGUGCACUGACCAAUGAUCCUGACAUUUUGUUGAUGGAUGAGGCUUUCUCGGCGUUAGAUCCGCUAGUACGUGGUCAAAUGCAGGACGAAUUAUUAGAUUUGCAGGCUAAUGUUCAAAAAACAAUUAUUUUUAUCACGCACGAUUUGAAUGAGGCGUUGCGUAUUGGUGACCAUAUUGCCAUCAUGAAAGAUGGUCAGUUGCAACAGGUCGGCACUGGAGAAGAAAUUUUGACUAAUCCUGCAAAUGAUUAUGUCAAAACGUUCGUUGGUGAUGUUGAUCGCACAAAGGUUUUGACGGCUGAUAGCAUUAUGAUUCCGGCAUUAACUUCUAAUAUCUCAGUUGAUGGACCCACAGUUGCCCUACGCAAAAUGUCUGCUGAAGAAGUCUCUGGUGUUGUGGCGGUUAACCGUCAUCGCCAAUUUAUUGGUUAUUUGUCAUCUGAAGCGGCGGUUUCAGCUCGACGUGACAAAUUGCCACUGGCUGAUGUUGUUGUUGAAAUGCCAACUGUAAAACCUGAUACAUUGAUAUCUGAUAUCAUGCCGAUUAUUUAUGAUGCACAAACACCAGUAGCUGUUAUUGAUGAUGAUAACCGUUUGAGAGGGGUUAUCAUUCGAGGUGCUGUGCUUAAAGCGUUAGCAGAUACGGAAGGAGACGGUGAUGACAACGCAUAA